AUGGGUUUUGUGCAGUUGAAUGCAUCACAAACAGUCUAUAAGCAGAACCACCAACCUUUUUAUCAUGAAAACCAACCAUCAUUAGACGAUUUUCAUACACAUGGAUCAUUUACCAACCUCCUUACAUCUGGAGUCCAACAACAAGAACAACAGGAAGGAGUCCCUGAAGUUGGAGUUCCUGAAGAAGAAGUUGGUCCUUUCAGUGAGGGGGAAGAUGAUGCAAGACUCCAACAAGACGAUGAACAAGAUGAACAAGAUCGUGUUGUACAACAAUCUCAGCACGUAAGCACAUUCAGUUUUCCUUCACACAUGCAUAAUGUUGAUUUGCAAACAGAUUUCACCGACCCAGAGUAUAGACAUGCACUUGACCAUGUUGACGUCGAGUACUCUCCUGACAGCCUAUUUGAAGGCAUGACUUUCAACACAAAGGAGGAAGUCCAACAUGUUCUAAAUGCAUACCAUAUAAAGAAAGGUUUGUAUUACAGGGUCGAGAAAUCGUCACCAACAUUAAUUGUUGCACGCUGUGUUAACAGUACAUGUGAUUGGAGGUGCAGAGCGGCUUUUAUUACUAAAAGCCAAAAAUGGGAGCUUCGUAAGCUAUCAGGUGAACAUUCUUGUUCAUCACCUAUUAUUACACAAGAUCAUGUUAACCUUGGCUAUGUAUAUAUUAGCAAAAGUAUUCUUCCUUUGGUGGAGAGUGAUCCAUCCAUUUCUAUUCCAACAAUAAUAGCACACAUCAAAAGUGCUGAAGGGUACACGAUCUCAUACCGCAAAGCUUGGAUGGCAAAGCAAAAGGCAAUUGAAGACUUACAUGGUAACUGGGAACAAUCUUACCAUGAUUUACCCAAGUUGCUUAGUGCCAUGAGUGGAUUUCUUAAUGGAUUUGUUGUUGAGAAGCAAACAAGGCCACUAUACAACCAACAAGGUGAGAUGGUUCAUCAUUAUGUUCAAUUCCAUAGAGUAUUUUGGACAUUUAAACCUUGUAUCGAUGGGUUCAAAUACUGCAAACCCAUUGUUCAAGUUGAUGGCACAUUCUUGUAUGGCAAAUACAAAGGAACUCUCCUUGUGGCCGUGGCUCAAGACGGUAACAACAAAAUCUUUCCAAUUGCCUUUGCAAUUGUUGAGGGUGAAACAGCAGAGGCAUGGUUUUUCUUUCUACAUUAUCUCAAAAGACAUGUUUGCCCUCAAGAUGGCCUUUGCUUAAUUUCGGACAGGCACGAGUCUAUCAAAAAUGCCUACGCUAGACAAGGCAGUGGUUGGACACCCGAGAAUUCAGUGCAUGUAUUCUGUAUUCGCCAUAUAGCUCAAAACUUCAUGAGGCAUUUCAAGAAUACAGAACGGAAAAAAUUAAUCAUCAAUAUGGCUUAUGGGAUGACUGAGCCAAGAUUCAAUUACUACUACAACACGCUAAGGAGCGAACCAGAAACCGAAGGUGUAAUUGAAUGGCUCAACACCAUACCAAAAGAACAAUGGACUCUUGCAUGGGACGGUGACCGACAAUGGGGACACAUGACUACCAACUUGGCUGAGGCAAUUAACUCCAUUCUUAAAAAAACAAGAAAUUUGCCAAUUUCUGCAAUCAUCAUGUCGACUUAUAAGAGAUUUAAUGCCUUAUUCAUCCAAGGGGGGAAGGAAGUCGAUGCUAAACUUAGGGCUGGCCAAGUUUUUACGGAAAUAAUGAAUAGGACCAUGAGAGAUGCAUAA